AUGGACAAAGGCCAUGAUCUGACAGCCUUCUCGAGAACUAUUUCCGCAUCUUCUCUCAGAGGGCGAUUGACGAAGUUGACUGGUACACCAUUGCGUCCUGUAGCUGCCCUUCAUGUUAGCAUCGACUUUGUGCCAACCAAGAUACCGCGGAAGAGGAGACUGCAGACAAUGGUCGUUGCGGUGUGGUCGGUGUUGUUAGUCAUGUCCUGCUUUGCGUUCUUGAUGCUCUGCUCCGUACCAGCACUAUGGCCGUUCUUGGUCAUGUACCUCAUAUGGAUUUUCUGCGUAGAUAAGAGCCCAGCAUACGGAAACAGACUCGCUCCAUGGUUCCGGUCCCUGAAGAUCUGGCAGUAUUUUGCAGACUAUUACCCCGCGUCGCUCCUGAAGGAGUGCGACCUACCCGCCGAUCGCCCCUACGUGUUUGGGUACCAUCCUCAUGGUAUUUCUCUUUACCCACAACACCAAUAUCUCAAAUAUCUUCUAUCAGCCACCGGGUUUUCCAAAGCUUUUCCCGGCAUCAAGCCACACUUACUCACGCUCACUAAUAACUUCUACAUUCCUUUAUAUCGCGAGGUUAUCAUGUCUCUUGGGAUCAGCAGUGUCUCACGAGAAUCUUGCUCCAACAUUCUUUCCAGCGGCCCAGGUCAGGCAAUCACUAUCGUAGUCGGAGGCGCUGCUGAGAGCUUGAGCGCAAGACCUGGUACGGCCGAUCUAACAUUGAAGCGCAGAUUAGGUUUCAUCAAGGUCGCGAUCCAGCAUGGGGCAGACCUUGUGCCUGUGUUUUCAUUUGGCGAGAAUGAUAUAUAUAAUCAAAUGCCGAACGAGAAGGGCACUACCAUAUAUGUUUUGCAGAAGAAAUUCCAGAACAUGUUUGGGUUUACCCUUCCGCUUUUUCAUGGGCGUGGUAUGCUGAAUUAUAACUUGGGUUUGAUGCCGUACCGACGACGGAUUGUGUCUGUCAUCGGCCGGCCGAUCCAUGUUCAACGCUGCGAAAAACCGUCGUUGGAGGAGAUCGAAAGAGUGCAACGGAUGUAUAUCGAGGAAUUGACCAGGAUAUGGAACACUUAUAAGGAUGAGUUUGCAAAGACGCGCUUGAGGGAACUCAGUAUCGUUGAUUAAGAUGGAUAGACAAUAUCGGGUUUCACCGACGUAAUGACCGCUAGCUACGUUGAACAACGAUUGUAUUGUUAGAGUAAAUAGAGUCCCACGAACUAGGGUCAGUCCGUACUGCUGUCAAGGCUGGCCGGUCUGAAGCAUUUGAGUAGGGUGAAGGUCUCGAUACGCCUUGAGGGCCUAAUCAUGAGUCUCUGAUAACUGUGAAUCCUCGGUGGAUAUAUCCCAAUGAGUACCGCCAACACCCCAUCAAAUUUCUUCGUCAUCGAAGUCGAUCUC